AUGGCACCUCGAGUGGUCGAGCAUGGCACGCAUGCUCGACAACAAGAAGAGAAGCGAAAGAGCAUGUCGGAGAUGCUGUUAGAUUACAUAGCGCGAACUCAUGGACUUUCCGAUAACAUCAACAGCCAAGGCGCGCCCGAGCACCUGCUUGCGCCAGAUAUCGACCCCCUCGAAGUUCGCUCCGAUGCCAAGAAAGCGGAAAUCAGAGAAGAACAGGCCAACAUCGCUAGAGAGAUGCAAUGGAGUAAUGACGAGGGUUUCGAGCUCGAUGACCAUGCGUUCAGAGAGGACAGUCUUUAUGGCAGGCAGCUUCUGCCCGAUGACCUUGCGACGAGCGACGAUAACGAGCAGAAGACCGUGCCUUUCCCGACAACACCAUACGCUACACUACAUCGCGACAGCGGGCCGUGGGUCGAACCAAAAGUCGCGGGAUAUUAUCUGGAUCAAUGGCCUGGUGCUACGCCACCUCGCCACAAGCAACUCGACCCUGCAGCUUGGUCACGGAUGGUCGGAGAGGAUGCAUACGUACCUUCGAGCGCAUCGUCAUCGCCGCUGAAGCGGACUAGAAAGCCAACGGCGAAAGCGACGGCCAGCACAGAUCAAUUUCCCAAGCCUCCUCCCACACCACUGACUCCACGACGAAGACAGCCGGUCGCGCAAGAUGUUGUCGCAAAUCCAAGCAAUCCACACAACACCAGAUCGGCGACGAGCUCGCCAUUGACUGCGCGACGAAGACAGCCAGUCGCGCAAGAUGUUGUCGUAAACCCAAGCAAUCCACACAACACCUCGCCGUUGACGAAGAGAAAGAGGGCUGAUUCUGGCACAUCUUGCCCGAGCACAGCGGCCAGCACAGACUAG